AUGUCUGCUACAGUAACCGCCGCCUCUGUCAACCGAAGCAGAUGCAACUCCGGCAACAGCAGCAGCUCAAUAUCUGAAAACAGCAUCAGCAACCAAGAACUAUCACUGCCACAACCACCACCACCGAGCCGGUACGAGUCCCAAAAGCGCCGAGACUGGAACACCUUCGGACAAUACCUAAAAAACCACCGGCCACCACUAACUCUCUCCCGGUGUAGUGGGGCUCACAUACUCGAAUUUCUCCGGUACCUCGAUCAGUUUGGAAAAACCAAAGUCCACACCACUGACUGUCCCUUUUUCGGCCUCCCCCACCCACCAGCACCGUGUCCAUGCCCUCUUAAACAAGCCUGGGGCAGCCUCGACGCACUCAUCGGCCGUCUACGCGCCGCCUUCGAAGAGAACGGUGGACACCCAGAGACCAACCCCUUUGGUGCUCGAGCUGUGAGGUUGUACCUUAGGGAGGUAAGGGACUCUCAGGCAAAAGCUAGAGGAAUAGCAUAUGAGAAGAAGAAAAGAAAGAAGCCACAGCAAACAGGGUCACAAGUAAAUCCGACAAUGAGGUUAGAGGAUGAUAAUAAUGUUCAUGGUGUUAAUGAUCAGUCCUUUGAAACCAGUGAAGCUCUGGUCAUGGCGGCUUCAGCUGAUGCUCGAAGGUCCAUGAUUCCUCUCUUUGUGCUGAAUUAG